UGACGCCACGCAGCUUCCGUACACAAAGCUCCGCUGAUGACGUGUUCACUCUCCUACCAUUAGUUAGCUUGCUAGCUUAGUUACCUGUCAGAAUAAACGUGUUCUAAUAAAAAAACAACAACAGUGUUAUACGUUAAAGGAACGCGCCGCGUUUCAUUAAAUCGCUGAAAAUGGAGACGCUUUACCACCAGACGAACAAGCAAAUCCAGGAGGUGCAGUCUCUAAUGGGAAAUCUGGAGAAGACAGACCGUCAGUCAGUCCACUUGUUAGAGAACGAACUACAAGCUAGAAUCGACCAGAUCUUCACUCAUUUAGAACGUCUUGAGAUCCUGGCCAGCAAGGAACCACCAAACCGCCGCCAGAACGCCAAACUACGAGUGGACCAGCUCAAGUAUGAUGUUCAGCACCUCCGGACUGCCCUGCAAAAUUUCCAGCACCGACGCUACGCCAGAGAGGCCCAGGACAGAGAGAGGGAGGAACUCAUGAGCCGCACCUUCACGACCAACGAUGCAGAUACCUCCAUCCCCAUAGACGAGACCCUACAGUUGAACUCCAGCUUGCACAACGCGCACAGAGGCAUGGACGACCUCCUGGGCAGCGGCAGCAGCAUCCUCAACGGCCUCCGAGAUCAGAGAUCGACACUGAAGGGGACCCAUAAGAAGAUGCUGGAUGUGGCCAACAUGUUGGGGCUGUCGAACACAGUGAUGAGACUUAUAGAAAGACGAGCCACCCAGGAUAAGUUCAUCAUGAUCGGAGGCAUGCUGCUGACCUGCGUCUUCAUGUUCCUGGUAAUCAGAUACCUGGGCUGACCGCCAUCCAACCGCAACGAUGGUUUUUUGAUCAGUCGAGGACAUUUCUGCAGCACAUCAUCCCUUCAUGAUAUGAAUUUUUGACAUUAAAGUAAUUUUUAUAAAUUGUGCCAUUAUAUUCAGUUUAAUUAUUUUAUUUUUGGAACUUGCAAAAUGGUAAGGUUGAAGACCUUACUUACAGACAGUAUUUUGCUCCACCUGAAGCUUGAAGGUGUUGAACUCUCCCCAAUGGUCAGCGUUCCUCCCAGAUACUGCCACACACCCAUUUUUAUUAAAACCACUUCUGUAAAAACUGUAAAUCACUCAUGACUGUACCCAAAUGGCUUCUUAAAAAUACGUUAGAUAUUUAUACGGAAUUUGCUUUUGUCUCCAAUGAAAAGUUGUUUUUCUCCUUCAGUUGUCAUUAAUGCUGUUGGUGUCACUCUGCCUUGUUCAACAUGUUUCAUAGAGAAAUACAAAUACUGGUGAGGAAAUGUUCAUAAUGCUGUGUGUGUCAUUACACUGCAACUUCUGAAUGCUCACAGGAGAAUCUUUGGUUUUGUGUAUCAUAAUUUACAGUCCAUACCAGCUUAGUAGGUACACCAAGCUAAUACUACAAGUCUAAUACAAGAUGACGACCAAGUGAUAGAAAAACAUCAGUAUGAUGUGGUACAAUUCACCAGCGCCACAAACAACAUCCUCCAAAACCAACAUAAAGUUGAAUUAACAUGCCUUAAAAGCACUUCAAUUAAAAAUUAAAUUCUAAUCUUGAUUUGUUGCAUUAGACUGCAUUAGCUUUAGCAAGAUGUACCUAAUAAACUGGGAAAUUAGCAUAUGUUAUACACUUGAGAUAAGCAGGAUGGCAACAAUAGUCCACUGAGAAACAGAAUGGAAUCAACAGCCCUUUUCUAAUGGUUACGUGUUUUCUCUUGGGUCUAGUCUCACUAUGUGAGUGAUUUAAUUCUCCUAACAGAAUAAAACAUGCAUCAUCUCCUUUGUUUAUCUUCCUCUAAUGAUUCUGCUAGUAACAGAAACAGCACACUCAUUUUUCUUUUCAGUCUGAAGAGUAGCUUAUGAAUUCAAAAGAGAACUACACUCCACAUUAUUAGGGAUUUUGUAGAUUUGCUGCUUUUACUAGUCUAUUCAGUGCAACUAGAGCACCAUCUACUGUUUUACAUUUGUCAGUAACAGCUGCAAGAACUGUUUCACAAAACCGGGAGAACUUCAUGGAAAUAUGACCAGACCUUCUUUAAAAAUAUAUGCAAGUGUCGUCAUUCUUGUGACUUACUGUGUUUAUGUGAAUUUCAUUCAUGUUACGGAAAGCAACACAUGAACUCUUUUUUUAUUUUUUUUUUAUUUGCUGAAACAAGGGUUAAGUUUUUAAAAAUACAGCGUUGCUACUUUUGGACAGAUCACUAUCGUAUGCCAUCCCAGCCCGUCUUUGCUGGGGCGAUUAAGAAAUAAACUUGAUAAAAUA